AUGAUGACGCAGUUCACCGAUGACUCGGACCCCACGGCGCUGAUCGUGAUCUCUGGGGUGCUGAUGAUUGUGGGCCUGUUCCGGGUCUUCUACUCCAUCUUCAGCUCCGUGAGGUACAUCUCCGGCCAGGUGCUGAAAUCCGCCGAGUCGAUGAUCCUAGACAUCCAAGCCGCCUGA